AUAUUUUAACCUCCUUAUUUUCAGCGCACAACAAAAAAUUGCGUUUGGCAGCGGAGAAAACUUGAAGAGAAAAUAAGGAAAAAGUUUUGAUUCAUUUCAACUUGAGAAAGAAAAGAUAAAUCUCCUUUCAUCCUUUCAGCGAUAUCCUCGUGUUUAAGAAAAAAAAAACUCUAUCGAAGCUCGUUUCUUCUGUAAUUCGUUCAGCUGGUCGUGAUUGUGUGAUAAAGCGUGCAGGUAAGAGGAUCGUGGAUUGGGAAGCUUAGUUUUUGUUUUUUUUCCAGCAUUUGCUUGUUGUAAGAGCAAAGUCACGACGGUUUCUGCAGUAUGAGAACUUCGUGGGCGGAUUCUGCUGACAACUCUGCCAUUGGUUCUGGCAUCACCAAUGCCUCGGCUUGCCCUUCCCGGGGAGCUUAUGUACCGCCACAUCUUCGGAACCGGGCAUUGUCGUCAGAGGUUCCUCUGGCGGCAGCGUCACACCCGGCGGUGGCUCUGGGGAAUGACCGGGUUAAUCAUAGUGGUCCAGCUCCUCAUCAGGGUGGUGGUUACUUUAAACCUGAUCACGGGCGGCAGCAGCAGCAAGGAUAUGGUUCUGGUUUUCAGAGUGGUGGUGGCGGUGGCUGGAAUGGUAGAGGGGUGGGGAGGGACCGUGGGAGGCGUGAGGCGAACCCUUUUGAGAAUGUUGAAGCUGAGGAUCAAUCUUUUAGUGAGCAAGAGAAUACGGGGAUUAACUUUGAGGCAUAUGAUGAUAUCCCUGUGGAGACUAGCGGGGAGAAUGUGCCACUGCCCGUGAAUUCAUUCGCGGAAAUAGAUUUGGGUGUGGCAUUGAAUCAGAAUAUACAGAGAUGCAAGUAUGUGAAACCAACCCCGGUUCAGAGGUAUGCCAUUCCGAUUUCUCUUGCGGGGCGAGACUUGAUGGCCUGUGCUCAGACUGGGUCAGGAAAGACAGCUGCCUUUUGCUUCCCUAUUAUAAGUGGAAUCAUGAGGGAGCAAUAUGCUCAAAGGCCGCGUGUGGCUCGAACUGCUUAUCCGCUGGCACUUAUCCUCUCCCCUACAAGGGAGCUUUCAUGUCAGAUACAUGAUGAGGCCAAAAAGUUUUCUUAUCAAACUGGUGUCAAAGUGGUGGUUGCUUAUGGAGGAGCACCAAUCACCCAACAGUUACGGGAGCUUGAGAGAGGCGUUGAUAUUCUGGUGGCAACUCCAGGACGAUUGGUGGAUUUGCUUGAGAGGGCUAGGUUGUCAUUGCAGAUGAUAAGAUACUUGGCUCUUGAUGAGGCAGAUCGGAUGCUGGAUAUGGGUUUUGAGCCUCAAAUAAGAAAGAUAGUUGAACAAAUGGACAUGCCUCCUCCAGGCAUGAGACAGACGCUGUUGUUUAGUGCCACAUUUCCCAAAGAGAUACAGGCUCUUGCAUCAGAUUUUCUUUCACGUUAUGUGUUUCUGGCUGUUGGAAGGGUCGGUUCAAGUACUGAUCUAAUUGCUCAAAGAGUAGAAUAUGUGCUCGAGUCAGACAAGAGAAGCCACCUCAUGGACCUUCUUCAUGCUCAGAGGGAAACUGGAGUUAAUGGCAAGCAAGGUCUGACAUUAGUUUUUGUGGAAACGAAGAAAGGAGCUGAUGCAUUGGAACACUGCUUGUGUGUUAAUGGAUUUCCUGCAGCUAGCAUUCAUGGUGACAGAACACAACAAGAAAGAGAACUAGCAUUGAGGUCAUUCAAGACUGGAAACACACCAAUUCUAGUGGCAACAGAUGUUGCUGCACGUGGUCUUGACAUCCCACGGGUAGCACAUGUGGUAAAUUUUGAUCUUCCCAAUGACAUUGAUGAUUAUGUGCACCGGAUAGGAAGAACGGGGCGAGCUGGUAAAAUGGGAUUAGCAACGGCCUUCUUCAACGAAGGUAAUUUCAACAUGGCUAAACCAUUAGCUGAUCUGAUGCAAGAAGCAAAUCAAGAAGUACCUGCCUGGCUCAGCCGUUAUGCGGCAAGGGCUACUUACAGUGGUGGCAACAGAAAUAGGAAGUCGGGGGGAUCCCGUUUUGGUGGCCGAGAUUUUAGGAAAGAGGGCUCGUUUAAUAAAGCAACAGAUUACUAUGGUGGCGGAACUGGUGGUGGAUAUUGUGGCAAUUAUGGUGGAGGGUAUGGUCAAGGUGUGCCUAGUGCUUGGGAUUAGAUUAGUGUCACAUCACUAAUUCAUUCUCUUGUUGAUUGUAUAUAAAAUUUCUGACUUUAAUGGUGAAAAAGCUGUAUCUUCUCAACCACGGUUUGCCUGAAUCCAUGCAUUCCUUAUGACAGGAAAUCUUUUAUCAUAGGAAAGAUUUACCAUUUUCUUGGUUUUGCUGGUUUGGCAAAUAAGGUGGGGAAAUGCUGCAUAUGGAGAAGACAAUCUGUGUAAGCAACCCAAAAAUUUCUGACUGGGAUGACUUGUUUGAGUCUGUAGAAGAGGGAGACGAGAGGGAGUAAACAGAUUGGAGGGGGACCAAUGGGCAUGAGUAAUUCUGUGUUAUGUAUUUUGAUAGGGUCCUUAGCCUUUGACAGUCUAAGUCGGGAGUUAUCCCUAAUUAGCAUGCACAUAUCGUUGAUUUGAUUACUCUCUCAACUAAAUGGUUCUGUGCUUAAUUACCUAAUCUUGUCUUUUUUUUACACUAAAAGUAUCAAUUGAAUCAAUUUCCUAUGA